GACAAAGGCCUGGAACAUCCACCCUUGGAACAUGAUUGCGGUCCGUUGCCCCGGGCAACCGUGCAAACUCCAAACUGAUCUCCUCUCAACCCUUCCAAACAGACUAGAAGAAGCGAAGUUUAGCUCGACUUCUUCACAGAGAAGCAUGGACCUUCCUUUCCUGGUGCUAAUUCAUUUUGGAUGACCAAAGAUCGUUCCUUUCCAUAAUGGGUGAGGUUCGUGUGGUACCGAGUGGAAAGGUCUACAGACAAAUAUUUGAUGCUGAGGUUCAGCUUGUCCGUACAUUGGGAGAAACAAGAAGAAAAUCUCUGUGCCAUGAUAAUCAAUUUGGCCAUGAGAAGAUUCCCAUCGUUCGAAAUUUGGACACACCGACAGGAGAAUUCCUCUCACAACGUCAACGCUCAUGGAUGGAGGGGCUAAUGAAUGAUGGGUACAUUGAAAAUCCAGUGUUACGCAGAGAUGCAGUUCUUUCAACUACAAAAACUAAAGAGCUUCUUGACAUGAACAAUGCAGUGAUGGAAGUGAAAGGUCUUCCUGAUAUAAUUAGUACAGAUCCUACAAAAGUAGGCUCUAGCGUUAUUCAGCAGAUGACGGAAUAUAAGCAGGAAAGUCAUGAAUCAGUGAUAAUGAACAUGGAACAAAAACUGAUCACCGUCAGCAGGGACCUUGAAACCCAGUUUACUCAAUCUGCUCAGCAACUACUGCAGGACAUAGAACAAUCUAUCCAAAAUGUUGAUGGAGUAUUGUCAAAUAUAGAAGAUGAAGGCGAUCUGCCUACAUUGACACUUGAGAAUCUAAAUAACAUCUGGGACCAAAUUAUGAAAAUGGUGAAACAAAGGAAGGACCUGAUCAAAGAAUUUGAUAGAACUUACAAAGAAUAUGAAAAAGAAAGAGUGAAACAGAUAACAGCUGAAUUUAAAGAAUCCAUGAAGGCUUUAGAAAAGAUUUCUUUUUUACCUGAAGAUGAUAUUUAUCGAUUUUUCGAUAAAGAAGCAAUGUUGGUGAAUCAGGCCUUGCUGGCAAAUCAUAGAGCAAUGAGCAAAUUGUAUAUUAACCUGAUCAAGGUUGGUCUGAAGCAUGAGAUGACAAAUCGUGAGGUAUGGAACAGCAAGGUUGAAAAAAUGAAAAUCGCCAAGAGGCAGAGCAUUCUUCAUAAACUGAAAAAUUAUUUGGCAAAGGACUGGGAAAUUGGUUUUUUAGCGGAACAGGAUUUAUUAAAGAGACAACAGCAAGGACUAAACAGUACACGGAUCCAGCUUCUUGAGGAGAUAACAAACAUUGCGCCAUCUGAUUGCAAAAUCGCACUAAAAGACUGGUAUGACUCCUUAAAUGCCAUAAAUAAGAAUAUAGAUUCACUGCACAUUAAAUAUGUAGAAAAAUUGCAGAGUUAUUAUGAAAAUCUCUAUCGUGACUGGAUUACAGAAAUUGGAAAAUGUAAGGAAGAGUUAUUGAGGUCCAAAACCUGCACAGCAAAAGAAGCCACUCAGCUGAUGGUUUCUGACUUUCUCCCUCUUCUUGGCAAUUUACAGCGCCACUUUGAAAAUGAGCUGUCCGCUGUAGAUAAACACAUGGAGAACUUGGCCCAGCAGAUAGAAUAUAAUUGUAAGGAGUUGUUUAAUACUAGUCAUGAAAGUUCUUCACUAUGGGAGGAGCAUAAAAUGAAUUUAAUCGAACUGGAAGACCAGCUGAAAGAACACCUGGAUGACUGUCGCAAGAAGCAUGAUAAAACAAAUCAGGCAAGAGAAGCAAAUUUAGACCUGCAUAUCGAUCACCUGAGACAGGAUAACACACAAAUGGAACUGAAGGCAGACUACAAGAAGGUUCUCUGUCUACUGAAAAAAAUCAAAAAAGGAUAUGAAGUUUUUCACCAAAGUCAGAUCCAAGUAGUCAACAAAUAUCCUUCUACAGUGAAGAGGGAAAUGCAAAGAUUCAGCGCUGCCGUCAGUAAAUAUUUUGACGUGUUCGAAGUCUAUAAAAUGGAACAACCAAGGAUAAUAAUAGAAUCUCCGAAUCAGGAUAAAGAAGUAUUUCCGACUGAAGAAGCUGUUCAGGAGGGAGUUUCUGAGCACAUUAUGAGUGAAAGUGAUGUGAGUCCAAGCGUAAGGGAUGAACCGUUGGCAGAAGAGUCAAACUUCCCCGAUGAACACAGUAUAAUACAGGAAGUAGAAGAACAUUUGAAAAAUGAGUUAUCUCCUCAAGAGUAUUUGGAAGAUGGGUUAUCUCUUCAAGGAUAUUCGGAAGAUGAGAUCUCUGUUCAAGAGCAGUCGGAAGAUGAGUUAUCUCUUCAAGAACAUUUGCAAGAUGAGUUAUCUGUUCAAGAGCCUUUGGAAGAAGAAUUAUCUGUUCAGGAACUCGAUAACACACUUGGUGUGCACUCAAAGAUUUCAAAGGAAAGUAAAAACACCAGUAAUUUCGCAGACUGGGAGUCAUCAGAUCAUCCCAGUGAAUAUUCGGUUGAGGAUGGAAAUGAAGAUGAUGAGGUUUUCUUAACGGACGUACAAAUGGCUGAUUCUCAAGUAUUAUCUGGGAGCAGAAAGUCUAUGCUUACUCUGUAUGAGUAUUUCACUACUUCCAGAGGGAACAACUAUUCAGCACGAUGUAAAAAAAAGGCGAAAUUGCAAAUAAGUAUCAUUUCUGAUUUGGCUGGCACCAGGGCAGCAGAAUUCCUUCAGAGGAGCACAAAGCAUGCGUUUCUUCCUGAAGAACUAUUUAUUGAUUUAAAACGAAGGAUUCGCUUGAUUUAUUUUGAUCACUUAGAGGAGUGGUAUGGCAAAGCCUUGGAAAACGCCAAUAAUAUUGUUGUGGCCAAGAAGACAGAAUUUCAAGCAGAAAUGGAACUUCGAACUCACUUGCAUGAGCCCAGGGGAAAGCGCAUAAAAAUGGAUGUACUCCAUGUUCGGGCUGCGGAACUACGCCUUCACAGUGAGAAAGUGGAACGCCACUGCAACGCCGUGGAAGAAACUAUGCAAAAGCUAAAAAAGGAAUUUGCUAAAAUUCAAACAACACACUGCAAAUCUGUCUUGGACUUUCGUAACAGCAUAUACAACCUGGAGCAGAUCUUCAAAACUGCAACUAGAUCUGAUAGGCUGGUCAACCUGUUAAAUUCACUUAGCAGCAAGCAGGAGAAAUAUAUGGACGGUGUCAACAAAUUACUUCGUAACUUUCAACAAAAGCUGGAUAAAUCUCUCGGAAAGUUACAAGAUGAUAACGCACAUUUUAUUAAAUCUUUGAGGUUAUUCGCAGAAGGUGGCAACUUUACAGCAACAGAAAUUGACACAUACCGGCAGAAUGUGGAGCAGGAAGCCUCGAAUAUUGCCAAAAUAGAAGGGACAAUUAUGGUCGACCUGGAAGUAAUGGAGUCGCUAUCCAUACAACAGUCUUUUGAGGUGAUCAAAGAGGUUGAAGACAGGUUUAUGCGUUAUACUGUCGAUUUGAUCUUCAUUGAGAAGAUUAAACGAUUUCUGACGAACACUCAAGCAAGAAUCAAAAGUGCGGUCGCCAAAAGUAACCACCAGCUCCAAUGUAUAGCUUCCCAUCUUGAGCAGCUUGAAAAGAAAAUAGAUGCAUGCGCCAAACCCAACCUGGACAAAGAAUAUGUGUUGUCUUGGGAUCUAUAUCGCUUUGCCAAAACUAUCAGGGAUCUAACAAAGACAUUGGCCAUCUAUCUCAACUGUUUGAUGGAUCCAGUUUUAAUAGAUGUCCCCCUCCAGGGGUCAAUUGCUACAGCUACUCGUAUUGAUUUUCUGAAAAAAGAGAGUAAAGUAAGCUUCCAUGUGAAUGAGAAUUUGUUUAAUCCCAUGAGAAAAGGAAGAAAUGCCGUUGAAGAUGUGGCUGUUGGCGUCAUCAAAGAAUUACAGAUAUCUCAUAAGUCCGAGGUCGUAUCCGAUACCGUGAAUGAGGACAGUAAUGAACAAGCUAAAGUUGUAGGAUCUCAAGUAUCUUUUUUUUCUGGCUCCAUACAUGGGCGCUCCAAUAUUGCAUCGUCUAGAGGACAAAGGAACGUCUCGUCACCACCCAGUGCAACUAAAUAUACUAAGCCAAACCGCUUUGAUCCAAAGUAUCAAGUUUUUGGUGAAACUGCAGAACCAUCUGACUAUUAUAAAGGAACAAUAACUUACAUUUUGUGGGAAAGUACCAAUGCCUUACUGUCAGUGGCUGAGGACUAUUACAAAAAGAAAGAACGAACUCUAAUCAGCAGGCCUGAGUACUUAAAGGACACAUUUGAACAAUGCGCGGAGGAGGUGAUUCAGAAGAUGCUGUCAUAUCAAGUUCAGGCAACUGACUAUUACAAUAACAGUCUGCAAGAGUUCAAAGAGCUGCUGCUGCUGUUUGAGCAGUUGCUCCCUGCUGUUCCUCAAUUCCUGAUUGAAGAAAUCCUGAAAAAUCACAUGGAAUCAUUCACAAAGUCGAUAGCUGAUAAACACUGCGCAUUCUGCAAGAAACAGCAGCAAAUGGCGAAUGUAAAGGUUGGGAACAAACAGAGGCUGAGGCCAAUUCUGGGUCAUCCCAACAACCUCGAGAUGCUGAAGAGUUUGUGCGAAGAGGAGGAAGAACGACAAGGCACUGAAGCCACAGAGAUCACAUCUAAUUGGGAGAAUCUCAAGCAAUGUUUAAAUGAACACGCAAAUAAUUUUGUGUUCGAGCUCUCCAAACUCUCUGAACUGCUCCUCCUGGAGUUUGACAACUUCCUCAUCAUUGAUGAUAUCGAAAUUUCCGAAGUCUUUGCAGCACAUGAAAAUGACUUCACUUUGUCUGAAUGGAAGCAAUCUGGGCCCCAACUGCAAGAGAAGGAAGCCUACGACAAACUUUCAGUCCCAGAUGAUCGAGCUGGCAGGAGCUGGCCAGGAAUUCCAGCAAAUGAACUUUUACAAGUUAAUGCCCUGAGUUCGAUCAAGAAGCCGGUAGCAGCGGGAGCCUUGUCUGCAGAAACUGCAGCGGUAACAACUGCUAAGAACACACUGGCUCACCUGGCUACCAUGGAGGCGAGAGAUGCAGCUUAUGUGAAAUACAAGCAGUAUUUUCUACAGCAGAUGUCACACGUAGAACAGGAGAUAAGUAUGCAGCUUAUUGAUGUUCAGCGAUGGACACAAGGCUGGAAAGACUCAGUGACAAAUAUUAAGAAGCUGUAUACCUAGCUGACCUCCUUGGAAUAUGCUUUAAUACUGUGCUUUGGAUUGCUUAAUACCUAGCCAUGUUUGUACUUUAGUUAGUAAAUUAAUAAAUAUAUGUUUUUCUCAA